AUGUCCUUAAGCAAUUUAACUCCUCAAGACGUUCUUACAUUGGACAUAGUUAAAGAUAGAAUGUUUAAUGAAGAAGUAAGGAGGAAAGAACAAGAUGUAAUAGUCGAGUCAGAAGCCCUCGUCUUAGAGUAUCAUGGAAGAACUAGCAAUAGAAAAUUCCACAUGGAAGAAAAGUUAAAGGGCAGGUCAAGAGAUGGCUCGAGAGGGAGGUCCAAGACAAAAAGAGACCUAGAAUGUUACCAUUGUGGCGGGAUAGGCCACAUGAAAAUAGGGUUCAGGCUGUUUAAACGAGAGCAAGAUAGAGGUAACGAAAAGAGCGAUGCCAGGCACAUGACCGCAACUACCUCUUGUGGAAAUAAGGUAAUUAUUCUCUGUGGUGAUGGCUUCAUUAAUUUUUCCUCUCAAGAUACAUGUUGGAUAGUGAAUUUCGGUGCAUCAUUUCAUGUCACCUCACAAAAUGACUUCUUUACAUCUUACACCAAUGGAGAUUUUGGUAAUGUGAGGAUGGGAAAUGACAAAUUAUCCAAGAUCAUGGGAAGAUGA